UGUGACUUUUGAUAGACUGGUAACUCGACUCCUGUGCGCCACGCAGCUUGUUCAUAGGGUGAAUCAAAAGAACCGAUUCAAUAGGGACUCUGAUCCGAUUCCCAUCGUUCACCUUAGUGAGUCAUUCAAAAAGAACGAUUCGUUUGCGAACUGCACAUCACUAGGGAGGACAGUGCAUCGACCAACGAAGUGCACGGAGCAGGUGCAGUUUGGACGGAGGCUCAGUUCAAGAAAAAGCAAACGUAUAACCCCUGGCUUGUCAUGCAGAAUUCAAAGCUGGGCUGUACAACAUGCAAAAAGAGCAGUCUGAAUGCAGAUCAAGGCCUAGGAACGGCCUCCUUAAGUGUUCUCUAUGGAGCCAUUAUACUUUCCUCUAUGUUCCUACCACCAAUUCUAAUUAAGAAUCUAGGCUGCAAGUGGACCAUUGUUGUAUCCAUGGGCUGCUAUGUAGCAUAUUCUCUAGGAAACCUUUAUCCAUCAUGGGAAACGCUGAUUCCCACGUCUAUAAUUCUGGGUUUGGGAGGGGCUCCCCUUUGGUCAGCAAAGUGCACCUACUUGACCAUCAGUGGAAAUAUGCAGGGAAAGAAGGAGAACAAAGAAGGCAGAGACAUAAUCAACCAGUACUUUGGGAUCUUCUUUUUAAUAUUUCAGUCUUCUGCAGUGUGGGGCAAUCUGAUGUCAUCACUGAUAUUUGAGCUGGCUGAUGACAGAGCUAGCAUCACAGAGGAGCAAUUAAAUCACUGUGGAGCAGCCGACUGUCCUGUAACAAAUGUCACUGGAAACAGCACAAUCGACAUUCCCCCAGACUCCUUAAGAUAUACUCUUGUGGGUUCUUACAUAGGUGUUGGCGUGUUGUCUGUGAUCCUGGUGGCUGUGUUUCUAGAUGACCUGGACAAAGAAGCAGCCCAGGAGUUCAGAGACAACAGGCAGCCAUUUUUCUCAGUUUUCCUAGCUACUUUCAAGCAUCUCCGAGACAAGCGACAGAUCCUGCUUAUCCCCAUGACAAUGUACAGCGGCUUUGAGCAGGGUUUCCUCGCCGGAGACUACAACAAGUCCUAUGUGACCUGUGCUCUGGGAAUACGAUAUGUUGGCUAUUCGAUGAUCUGCUUUGGUGCUACAAACUCCAUUUUUUCCAUUGCCUUUGGAAAGCUGUCACGUUAUACUGGAAGAAUCGCCCUUUUUGCCCUAGGUACAGUCACAAACUUGUCAUGUAUAAUAGCCCUGUUUCUUUGGAAACCUCAUCCUGAUAACUUAGCAGUGUUCUUUGUGUUUUCUGGCCUUUGGGGAAUGGCCGACGCUGUGUGGCAGACACAAACAAAUGCUCUCUAUGGAGUUCUGUUUGAAAAACACAUGGAGGCAGCAUUUGCCAACUAUAAGCUGUGGGAGUCUGUGGGCUUUGUAAUAGCCUUCGGAUACAGCAGCUAUUUAUGUGUAGAUGUUAAGCUGUAUGUUGUGCUUGCUGUGUUGGUGGUAGGCAUGGUACUCUAUGGCUGUGUGGAAUACAUUGAAUACAGGAAUCCUACUGCCUGCACUGAGAACAAGCUAGAGGUAGAAGAGAAACCAUAUAUUGCCCAGUCUAAAUUGUAGUGAAGUAUUGUGGUGGACUUUCAACCUCCUUUUAACUAUUUUAUUUACCGGACAGUUGCAGAAAAUAAUAUUAUGUUUUUUUUUUCUUUUAAUACAAUAAAAUACAAAAAUAAAUGUGUCAUCCACAUACAGUACAUUUUCACUAGCUUAACAAAGCUAGUAUUUUGUGUGUUCUGUACAUUACAAUUGUAUAUGUAGCUCGAUGUGUGUACCAACUUGUAAUUGAUCUAAAUAAAGAACAUUUUAUGUAAAUAAAAUAUAAAUAAAUAAAUAAAUAAAAUAAUAUAGUAAAAUAUGUUUUGAAAUGAGAACAGUACUCACAAAUGGAAAUUAGAUAAAGGGGCAUUCAGAACAGAAAAUAGGAGGCAUCUUUGUACACAGAGAAUUGUGAGGGUCUGGAACCAACUCCCCAGUAAUGUUGUUGAAGCUGACACCCUGGGAUCCUUCAAGAAGCUGCUUGAUGAGAUUCUGGGAUCAAUAAGCUACUAACAACCAAACGAGCAAGAUGGGCUGACUGGCCUCCUCUCGUUUGUAAACUUUCUUAUGUUCUUAUGUUCUUAUGUACUAAGGGGAAAAGACAGCUAGUAUUAUUAAAUUUAAUUUUUUUCAGUUUUACUAAAUGUCAAAAUUAAGCUAGAUGUAAUAUAUAUAUAUGAUUUAUCUUGUACGCACAUGAUGAAGGAAUAUAUUAGAAAUUGGUUCCAGAUAAUCCAUCCAAAAACAGGCUGAUGCUGGAAUACACCUAAGGAUUCUCGCUAAUGAAUGUUAAGUGGAAAAUCAUUACAUUUAAUCAGUUCUAACCGUAACCAUGACAUCCUAUAUUGUAUCCUUUUAAUAUACUGUUGUGAUCCUGGCCGUUUGCAAACGGGCUUCUCCAAAUCUUUAGUUCUUUUCUGUAAUAAAUGUUUUCACAAAUUAGUUAUUUAAAGAUAGUUUGUAUGGAUUAAAUAAAAAUGGAUUUGAAGAAAUUGUACUACAUUAAAAAUGAAUAUAAUAUGAAA